UCCACAUUCAGUCCUCUCUCUCAAACCCUCUCUCAGUCUGAGCCAAAAGCUCAGAGCUUUCCCUUAAUCCUCUCAUCCAAAACCCUCAAAUUUCAAAUCCCCUAAUCUUCAUCUCAUCCAAUUGCUUCUCCGAUUUGAAUAUCAACCUUCAAUUCAACUCUACCAUCUCCAUUUCGCCGUCUUUUGCUACAAAAUGGCAUUCCCUGGCUGUUGUUACCCUUUUCUAGGUCGUUUUUCUUCGUCUUCGAGACUGCACUAUACCAAAAUCUUCACCUUCGUAUUUCAAUUUGCUCUUAUGGCGAUCCGCAUCUCCCUAGGAUUUUCCGGCUUCGUGGCCCAUAACCUAGCCUCCUCUGCCAAUAUUCACGUCAAUAAUUGCUGUGGCAUCCACAGGUGCUGGGUCAGGUCUCUGCUAUUCGGCACUAACCAGAUUAGUGUCUUGGAUGUGGGGUUCAAUGUGGUUUUUAGCGACUUAAAGGCCCAGUUGGAAGCUCUGGUGACUAACAAUGCUAGAGAAUCAGAAAUCCAGGGAGUCAUUGGUGAAGUGCCUGAUAUUAUACUCAGAUGUGUUAGUCGAGAUGAGGCCGCCUUGGCUGUGGCUCAAAAGAGUUUAAGGCAUUGUUUCAAUAUCUUUGCGAGGAUUAGGAAGCUGAAAUAUUUAGGUAGAAUGCUACUCCAGGCCCACUGA